AUGCAAAAACACUUUGAUUGUGUGCUAAAGCAUUUAUUGAGUCGUUGCUGUGCCAGACGACGAGAGUCUUCCUUUCGUCCGGCGCCAGCAGGCAAGGUCUUUCUCGACUGA